UGUAUGCCACAGAAGUCCAGGUCGCGAUGCAAGUGGUACAGGCGUCAUUCAAUAGCGGUCCUCUUGAGGCUCCUCGUUUGUACCAGCCACUGGCCAGCCGAGUGGUUCAGAACUGGGGUGCCCCAAGUGCGGCACCUGUUGCAAACAACGGCUACAGUCAAAAUGGGCAAUAUGGAGGGACAAGUGGCCAGGGUUCCUGGGGCCAGAGCUGGGGACAAGCGCAGGCUCCUGGACAAGCAGAGUCUCCUGGACAAGCACAGUCUCCUGGACAAGCGAAGGCUGUUGGACAGAGCGUCGCUGUACAAGCACAGGCUGCCAGUACUGCGCUUCAGCCAGUUGCAACGGAAGACAGCGGCCAAUACACCUGGAAGCCCAGCAUCCAGACACCUCAGCUGCAGACGAGCACCCAAAGUCAAGCGACAGGCACUCUCAGUCAAUCGAUGACCACGAGUCAGACGAUGAGCACUACCAGCCAGACGACAACUACCAGCCAGACGACAAGCAGUACGAGUGACACAACGACUACCCACAGUAAAUCCACCAGUACCAAGACUCACCCUACAACACUCGAGACUCGCGUCAGUCACACGGCGACCCCUACGGCAGCUGAUCUCGGCCCAACGAGCACCGGCACAGGCCAUAAUGCACCUAGCAAGCUCGACACCAGUGGAUAUGCAGCAAUUGCGGUUUGCGCUGUGGUUGGACUUAUAGCCGGGUUUGUCCUUUUUUCGUUAUACCGAAAGCGGAAACGAGCCACGGCAGCAGCCAGAGCCAAAGAGCUCAGAAAAAGACAUCAGGGACCCAAGUCUGGGCAUUUGGAAACAAACAAUAGCCUGAAUACCCUGCCCCAACUAUUCCUAGCAAGCAAAACAGCACUAUUCAGUGUGGUCUCUUUGCGUUCAUCCAACGAGAAGGACGACGUGAGCAGCGAUCGCAGCGCAGAGGAGAAACAGAUAGCGUCUACUCUCCAUGCUCAGGAUAGGAAGUCCCAUCACGCCGCAGUGAAGGAUGUCAAGACACCGGAAAAGAACCACGGUGAUAGCGCCAGCAUUUCCGACGCCAGCACUGUCGCUGGUACCCCCUCUCGUCAUCCAACGUUCCGACCGCCUACUGAACUCAACUACGAUGAGUGCAGUUCAUCUGACGAUAGCACUGACGAUGAGGCAAGCGAUCGCCGUCCUGGAAUUUACCGGCGGUUGACAGAGCGUGUCGCAAACAUUCGACCAGCCCUCUCAAAAAACGCCAAACGAGGCCAUCGCCACUGCCGUAGCGCGCCCAACGAAAUCAUUGUCGAUGGGAUCACAUCGCACCGUGUCGAACUGAAUGAGCCCCAUCAGAACCAUAACCAUCGCCGUCGUAGUACCCCUGACGAUUCUACUGACCAUAGUAUACCCUGCCACUCUCCUGGACUUCGCCAGUCCAAACAAAGACAAAGUAACAAUGUGUCUCGCAGCACGUCAGACGAUGAUAUGGACCAUGUCACGGACAGCCCCAAUAUUUCUCGCAGCACGUCCGGGGACGAUAGCGACCGUAAUACCUCAUUUCAGCGCCCCCAACUUAAAACCAGGGGAAGCUUUAAGGAGGUUGUCACCGGUCUUGCAAAAAUGCCCAGGAAAGCCAGCAGAAACUCGAUGUACAAAGGAUCUGCUUCAUCCUCAAUUGAAGAGAAGGAUCGGUCAGGGGCGAAGCUCUCGACGAUUCCUGAUGACGAAGACAAGAGGAUUAUUGCCUCCUAUGCCCCUUCUACCUUCAAGACAUACAACGUCGACAUGGAACACACUCCUGUCAAUGAUACUCAGGUUAAACUGGCUGUUGGUCAGUCGGUAACGAUAUACCAGGUCUAUGACCACGGUUGGAGCUUGCCUCUCGAUCUGGCCCACUAA